UAAAUUUUUAAUUUUCUGAAAUUAUUUGCUUUUACUGAAGUUUUGUAUAAAUUAACGAAUAACAAUGAAAGAAGAUUAAAAAGAAAACGUCAGCAAUGAAGAGUUACUCGAAUCCACGCCACCUGAUGCUUAUAAUUCUCUAUUAUUUAUUUUCUUUCCUAAGUGUAAUUGAAAAGUUCUGGAUCUUAUGCAUCGUCUAAAAUAUGAUGUGUACGCCGCGGCUGAAAUAGUACUUUGUGGGACUCGUCCAACAAAGUAGCACUUUCAGUCCUUGGCAUACAAAUAACUAUUCCAACGUCUGUUUCUAUGGGAAAGUUGUUGUAAGGUUCAGCUUCAAGUUUACUGUAGAAUACAUUUUGGUUAUAUACUAUCAGUGAAAAUAGAACCCAUUAACCAUAAUUCUGUUUCUAUUUCAGGAUUGUGGUUGUACAUGCAAAAGAUGCAUAACCAAUGAUCACGAUGUCCAACUACAUGUCGAAAUAGAAAAUCUUAAGCAACGCCUUUUGGAAAGAGAGAAUCAUAUUGUAACAAUGGAAACAAAUUUUUUGAACGAAGCCAAUAAACUCCCCGAUGAAGAGUUAAUAGUAUUGAAAGAAGAGUUGCUGACUUGGCAGGAUAAAUAUAAAAGGUUAUAUGAAGCUCAUAGGAGAGUACAAAGAGUUAACCAAGGAUUAGAAGAUAAGCUUUUAAAAUUAGUGGACGUUUGUGAGACUGAAAAAACAACCCUUACUAAAGAUGUAGCUACAUUGUCGCAUAAAUUAGCAGAAGCGAAUUAUACCAAUAAGAAAUUGAGAGAAGAUAAUGAGAGAUACAAAAAUGAUGUAAGCUUAGCAAUACAAUUUUUACAAUGCAAGCAAAGCAAUUUUGUAGCACACAAAUAUGAUACUUUACCGGCUGAAAUCCAAUCUCAAGUUUCGAACUAUAUGACGACUAAAAAAAAACCCGAACCGCCCCGUGUCGUACCAGAAGUGAAAAGCAUCAAAGUUCCUAUACCGACGUUCCCUCCAACCGCUAUGGUAUAUUCAGUACCAAAGUCUCCUAACCUGGAACGAAAAAACGAACCAGAUCCGGAAUCGACGACUGUUGAUAUCGUAUCUGCCGCUAUAAUGGCGAAAGUUUUGGAGGAAAGACAACGGGAAAGGGCGUCCGUCAAACAUUGUGAUACUUGUACUUGUGCCAAAGGAGUGAAGAUAGUUCAUCAAUUGGAGAGUCAUAGUAUAGGGACCCAAACAGGAGAUUAUAAAGAAAUGGUGUGCUUGAAAUGUAACGAGGCUAUAGUAUCAAUUACGAGUAUGAAGAUAGUUAGAAAUACAGAACCAAAAACUCAUAAAGUUGUGCCUAUUUAUCCAUUAGAAAACUUGGAACCCGUCGUGAACCAACCCAACUACAAUGUGGUGAAAGUUCAGCCGAAUAAUUUUUUAACUGAUAGAAUAAUUGAAAUUAACAAUUCCUCUAGCCCAACUGAUAUUACGCCAAAAAAUGAAGAUAUUCCUGUAGAAGCACCAACUACAUCCUUGUCACAUGUUCCGGACAAGUCUAAUGAAGUGAAACCGUCGCGUCAAAGAAUUUGUAGUAAAUCGAGACUCGGCUAUCAAGUCGAAGAAGUGACAUCGGAGAAAACUGAAACCGAAAGAAAUGAGAACAGGGCAAGUCCUACAAUAUCGUCACCAAGAGGAUACCCUUCUUUGAAACUACAAAUUGGAGCUAAGAAUAUCCUGCUGGAUAACGCUCAUCAUAAUAUUCCACCUGUACUUUAUACUAGGUCGCACAAAUUGGUACAAAAAAAUUGUGCUCCUACGCCAGACAGUUCAGAAACGGAAAUCAACUCCAUAGUCAGUGACACUUCGACACAAAAUCAACAAAGAGUAGCCGAUUGGAUUAAAAACAGUAUAGAUCAAGACAUAAGUAGUUCGGAAAAUUCGAGAUCCGACAAUUUUCGCUCGGAUAUCCAAAAAAGAAGCCCAGAAGAGAUCGUCGACCGUGCUCGAUACGCCGAAAUGGAAGAAAAUGUCAAAAGAUUUUUAUAUGGCGAAAGCGAAUUUAUGAAAACAGUUGAGCUGGGCAAAAACAAAUAUAAAGAUUUCGAAGAAGAAUCUGGAUCUGUGAUCAAUUAAUAUAAUUCAAUACUUUCUCUUUAUAAUUUAAAUCUAAUAUUUUCAGGUUUCGGAAUAAUUGGAAAUUUUGUUUAAAUAAAAAGUAACAUCAGAACUUGAAGUGAAAUAAUACCUCAGAAAUAGGGUGAAACAAAUUUGUUGACAAAUCAAUUAUCAAGCAAAGAAUAUCUGUUUUUGCAUUUGGCCAUAUCUUGAGACAUCGAUUAGAAGAUGCCGAAACUCAGUUGAACAUUGACACUGAAGUGGGUCCCUCCAAAAAUCCGAAAAGUAUCUGUAUGUCUGAAUCAUCAUCUCUGGAUUUUGAACUUUGUCAUCCAUGUUUUUAUUCACAAAUCGAAAUUUGUAAAAAUCUGUAUUUAAACCUUUCAGUGUGUUUGUAAACAUCAGUUAUUUUUACCAUAAUUUUGUUACAAAAAUCUAAGCAAAAAAAAAUUAUACAAAAAUACCGUGGAAACACUUAAUCAACGUUAUUAGAAAAUUUAUAAAUUUUUAGAAAGUACUAAAAAAAGUUGAAAACGAAGUUUUUUUCUUGUUGUUAUCCAUAGUAUACAGUACGUUAAAAAAUUUUUUAUUUUGAGAAAAAAACCAAAAUGGCGGACUCGCAGUUUCUUGAAAACAGGUAUUUAAAUCACGGGAGGUAAACGGAUGACAUCAUUGCCCCAUGUUGUUGUAUAUUAUAAAUCUGUAACCCUUUGGUCAUGGAAUGACGAAUGGGUUUUUCGUUUAAUACAAAUGGCGACAAUUUAAAAGAAAAAUCGAAUUGUCGCAUAAGAAACGAUCCUUAAUUCCUUGAAGACAUAUUUUUUGAGUAUGCUCUCCAAAUUUGGAGUGCCAUUUGUUGAUCUGCUGAACAACAAGAAUAGCCUGGUUAAUAGCCAACGGUUAAGGCAAUGCAAGAAGAAGUUCUUAUAGCCAUACAUCUGCCUGCUUUAUCUUAUAAUGUCUUUUCCUAAAUGUAUUAGCAUAAUAUUCUCCAUUAAGAUCAAUACAUGCGUUUGAACCAAUUGUCGAAGCAUUAGUUCCAUUCCGAUUGAGGUACCUUCAAAACAUGUGAUUAGAACACAUCAACCGCUUCUUUAGGGAUAGAAAAACGUUGUUCUCGCACUUUAUUUUUGAUUUGUAACAAAAAGAAGAAAUUAUUUAGUGCACAAACGGCGGAUGACCCAUCAGUUCGAUGUUUUGACUGUUCAAAAACUUUUUUGUUUGAACUGAUGAGUAAGAGCUCGCAAUAUCGUAGUGGAGAAUGAUUAAUCUUCUGCAAUUGAUUUGUAAGUCGACCUUUGGCAAUAUUGAAGUUAAGAAAAAACAGAGUGACACACCACUUCAUGACAUUGAAUCCUUUAAUGUCAACUUUGUGAAAAAAUGUCACAGAGUAAUCAAAAGAAGGGCAGUGAUACUUCUGUAAUAUAUGUUGAUUUUAAGGUCCAUUUUUUUCGAAGCACUCAUAAUGUUUUGGUUUAUAGCCUCAAACAACCCUCCAGUACCAAAUUUAGCUCGAAAAAGUACCAAAUUGACAUUGUUUUUGAAAUUAACACUUCAAAUGGUCGCCGCCUCCCGGACUAUAACAUUUACUUCAAUCCAAAAUGUAUUUUACUGUAGACUUUGAUUAUUCUUAUAAUAAAAAUACCGGGGACAUAUUCAAAUGGUGUAAAUGGUUAAUAUUUUAUAUAAAAAACGGGUUUGGCUGGUUUUGAAACUAUACCACUCAAAAAACAAAUUUCUACUUGCUUUAAAGCAUAAAUACUGAAAUUAUAUCGUUUAUUUAUGAGAUUUAAAAAAUUGAAAACAUUUAUUUUUUUUAUUUAAUUAUAUUAGUUACCGAAACUAUUUUAUUUUUUGAUUGUGUAAUUAUUUAAAUAUAUUUUUUACUGCUUUGUUUCAUUUGAAAAUUUGAUUCUUAUUUAUAAAAACUAAAUAAAUUAUUUGGAAUGAUU